AGCGCGAACUUCCUCGGCGGCGCGGAGCUCCCCGGCUGGCGGUGCGUCUCCUCGGUCACCAUGAAAGACGACUUUGCAGAGGAGGACGAGGUGCAGUCCUUCGGUUACAAGCGGUUUGAUAUUCAGGAAGGAACACAAUGUACCAAAUGUAAAAAUAACUGGGCACUGAAGUUUUCUAUCAUUUUAUUAUACAUUUUGUGUGCCUUGCUAACAAUCACAGUAGCCAUUUUGGGAUACAAAGUUGUAGAGAAAAUGGACAAUGUCACAGGUGGCAUGGAGACAUCUCGCCAAACCUAUGAUGACAAGCUCACAGCAGUGGAAAGUGACCUGAAAAAAUUAGGAGACCAAACUGGGAAGAAAGCCAUAAGCACCAACUCAGAGCUCUCCACCUUCAGAUCAGACAUUCUGGAUCUUCGACAGCAACUUCGUGAGAUCACAGAAAAGACCAGCAAGAACAAAGAUACGCUGGAGAAGUUACAGGCGAGUGGAGAUGUACUGGUGGACAGGCAGAGUCAACUGAAAGAAACUUUGGAGAAUAACACUUUCCUCAUCACCACUGUAAACAAAACCCUGCAGGCAUAUAAUGGCUAUGUCACAAAUCUGCAGCAAGAUACCAGCGUGCUGCAGGGCAACCUGCAGAGCCAAAUGUAUUCUCAUAAUGUGGUCAUUAUGAACCUCAACAACCUGAACCUGACCCAGGCACAGCAGAGGAACCUCAUCACUACUCUGCAGCGGUCUGUGGAUGACACAAGCCAGGCUAUCCAGCGAAUCAAGAACGACUUCCAAAAUCUGCAGCAGGUUUUCCUUCAAGCCAAGAAGGACACUGAUUGGCUGAAGGAGAAAGUGCAGAGCUUGCAGACGCUGGCUGCCAAUAACUCUGCCUUGGCCAAAGCCAACAACGACACCCUGGAGGAUAUGAACAGCCAGCUCAACUCAUUCACAGGUCAGAUGGACAACAUCACCACGGCCUCACAAGCCAACGAGCAGAACCUGAAAGACCUGCAGGACGUACACAAGGAUGCAGAGAACAGAAUGGCCAUCAAGUUCAGCCAGCUGGAGGAACGCUUCCAGCUCUUUGAGACGGAUAUUGUGAACAUCAUUAGCAACAUCAGUUACACAGCCCACCACCUUCGGACGCUGACCAGCAAUCUAAAUGAAGUCAGGACCACUUGCACAGAUACGCUGACCAAACACACGGAUGAUCUGACCUCCUUGAAUAAUACACUGGCCAACAUCCGUUUGGAUUCUGUUUCUCUCAGGAUGCAACAAGAUAUGAUGAGGUCAAGGUUAGACACUGAAGUAGCCAACUUAUCAGUGAUUAUGGAAGAAAUGAAACUGGUAGACUCCAAGCAUGGUCAGCUCAUCAAGAACUUUACAAUACUACAAGGUCCUCCUGGCCCCAGGGGUCCAAAAGGUGACAGAGGACAGCAGGGACCCCCUGGUCCCACUGGCAACAAGGGGCAGAAAGGAGAGAAGGGGGAGCCUGGUCCGCCUGGCCCCGCCGGUGAGAGGGGCCCAAUUGGGCCGGUCGGGCCCCCUGGAGAGCGCGGCAGCAAGGGCUCCAAAGGCUCGCAGGGCCCCAAAGGCUCCCGCGGGUCCCCUGGGAAGCCCGGCCCUCAGGGCCCCAAUGGGGACCCAGGUCCCCCCGGCCCACCAGGCAAGGAUGGACUCCCGGGCCCUCAGGGCCCUCCCGGUUUCCAGGGACUGCAGGGCACUGUGGGGGAGCCUGGGGUACCUGGACCGCGGGGGCUGCCGGGUUUGCCUGGGGUGCCAGGCAUGCCAGGCCCCAAGGGCCCCCCCGGCCCCCCAGGCCCAUCAGGGGCAGUGGUGCCCCAGGCCCUGCAGAACGAGCCAACUGCAGCACCCGAAGCCAAUGGCUGUCCGCCUCACUGGAAGAACUUCACAGACAAAUGCUACUAUUUUUCGGUUGAGAAAGAAAUUUUUGAGGAUGCAAAACUUUUCUGUGAAGACAAGUCUUCACAUCUCGUUUUCAUAAACACAAGAGAGGAACAGCAAUGGAUAAAAAAGCAGAUGGUAGGGAGAGAGAGCCACUGGAUCGGUCUCACGGACUCGGAGCAGGAAAACGAGUGGAAGUGGCUGGAUGGGACAUCUCCAGAGUAUAAAAAUUGGAAAGCCGGACAGCCAGAUAACUGGGGCCAUGGCCACGGGCCAGGAGAAGACUGCGCUGGGCUGAUUUAUGCUGGGCAGUGGAACGAUUUCCAGUGUGAAGACAUCAAUAACUUCAUUUGUGAAAAAGACAGGGAUACAGUACUAUCAUCUGCAUUAUAAUGGACUGUGAUGUAAUAACUUGAGCAAAUUUUCCAGCGGUUCUCAAAGGCAAAGGAUACUUCUUUUUGACUGCAUCACCUUCUCACCAGAUUGAAAAAAAGCACUAAAAACCAAUUACUGAAAAAAUUGACAGCUGGUGUUCUUUACCAUCCAACAUUACUCAAGGAUCUGUUCAUCCUUUUUCCUCUCCUCCUAGAUAUCCUUGUUUAAGUAAGUACACAGCAUGCCCAUGUUACACCAGGUGGGCAAAAGUCCAGAGAAGAGCAGGCUUAAGAAAACUAACUUUAAUUCUUCAGAGGCAAAGCCCCUGAUUUUCAGAUUUUUCAAUGAAUGUGUCUAUGAAUGAACUAUCUCAAUCCAAUCCUGCCUGCCACAGCCAGGAUUGUGUCCCAGCCUCCAGGCUUCCUCCAAGGACUUCUAGCCCUGAGUUUGCAGAGCAAGGAUUGCCUGUGCAACUUGGGCGGGAGUCAACCACCAAUGAGAGACUUCUGCCAACAAGUCAUUCAGACAGGUCAUUAAAUGGGCUUAACCAAAGGGUCUCGACUUAGUCCUCUUGGCCA